GCGCACCCCUGGCCGCCCCCGCGCGCCCCCCCUCGCGCGCGGCGCUGAGGCGGCGCCGGCCCGGCCCGGGACCCCCGGCCAUGGAGGGCAUGGACGUGGACCUGGACGCCGAGCUCAUGCAGAAGUUCAGCUGCCUCGGCACCACCGACAAGGACGUGCUCAUCGGCGAGUUCCAGCGCCUGCUCGGCUUCCAGCUCAGCCCCGCCGGCUGCGCCUUCUUCCUCGACAUGACCAACUGGAAUCUACAAGCUGCCAUCGGAGCCUACUAUGAUUUCGAGAGUCCAAAUAUCAAUGUCCCCUCGAUGUCCUUUGUGGAAGAUGUCACCAUAGGUGAAGGGGAGUCCAUCCCCCCCGACACCCAGUUUACAAAGACGUGGAGGAUACAGAACACAGGGACAGAGGCGUGGCCCCCGGGGGUUUGCCUGAAGUACGUUGGGGGUGACCAGUUUGGGCACGUGAACAUGGUGAUGGUGAGGUCCCUGGAGCCGCAGGAGAUGGCCGAUGUCAGCGUGCAGAUGUGCAGCCCCAGCACUGCCGGCAUGUACCAGGGACAGUGGCGGAUGUGCACGGCCACGGGGCUCUACUACGGAGAUGUCAUCUGGGUGAUCCUCAGUGUGGAAGUUGGAGGACUUCUGGGUGUCACACAGCAGCUGUCAUCCUUUGAAACAGAGUUCAACACGCAGCCACAUCGCAAGGUAGAAGGAAACUUUAACCCGUUCGCCUCUCCACAGAAGAACAGGCAACCAGAUGAAAACAACCUAAAAGACCCUGGGGGUUCCGAGCUAGGCACAAUCAGCAAAAACACAUGGGGGCCUGCUCCUGACCAAAUCGAACAAGAUCAGAAUGGACUGUCACAAAACUCUGUAAAUCUCUCCCCCAGCAGUCACUCGAACAACUUGUCGGUAGUGACGUACAGUAAGGGUUUCCACGGUCCUUAUCCCUUCGGACAGUCUUAAAACACAAAAACACAAAACGGGUAUCGACAAGAGGAGAAUUUAAGAAAAAACUGACUUUUGGGGGAAGGGAGGGGGUUCAUGUGGCAGACAGACACAGCGUGGACCCCCCUUCUCUGCCUCCGUGUUCUGGAUAAAGAAGAAAAUAAACAAAAACCCAGUAACUUAA